AUGAGUUUCUACAGCAAUUUUAACACGGAGCUACUGCCGAACCAAGAAUUAUGUCAAAACAACACUUCGUCGCGAGAUUAUCCGAUGAUGGCGUCAAUUCAGAGCACACCCAAACCCCAAUUGCGUACGGAUCAAGUGACAACUGGAGUUGUGAGACAAUGCUCAAGAUCACCCAUCGAAGAAACAGAACAACUUGUUCUGCUGCCUACUUUGACUGCAGACGGACACAGUCGACUGCACAAUGAUUUAAAUACCCAAUUUGACUCAAUCGAAUUAAGAAUUAACAAUGCUAUACUGGAAUUGGAAUCGAUAUACAAUGUAAUUGGCUACUCCUCUUCUGAAGUUGAUCUCAAAAAAGCUGAAAUUUUUACAAUUGUCCAAGAUACAAUCAAUAAUUUUGCCAACAAUCUACAGCGAAAGAAGAGUACCCUUGAAAACGAAUGCGAAUGGCUAAAGCAGCAAAUCCAAGUUAUACUAUCAAUGGUCAAUGAUUCCAAAGGAGAUAAAUCAUUGACUCUACUACAAAAGGGACUAGUAUUCAACAAUCGUCAACAGUAUAUCGAUGGCUAUAAAGAGCAAAUUCUUUCUAAAAUGUCUACGGCAACAUUCAAACGAUCUAAACUCGGAGAUGAAUUGACUAUGGAACAGCAGUACGAGUACAUGGUGAAGAAUAUACCAGAAUUGACACUUCUAGAGCAAAGGUCAAGAUUAAAUAUGGUAUUUAUUGAAGUGUUGAGGGUUUUUGUGAGACAGUACAAGCAAUACAACUCCUUGAAUAUAGAAUGCGCAAAACUUGUGGCUUGUAUUGGAACAUCAGAAUUCGACACGAAGGUGAUCAACUCAAUGCCAUCUUUAAGUGAAGCAGAGUUGCAUCGAGAGAUCAUGGAAGAAUUCUCCAGUUUGAUAUCAAUUAUCAAUACUACCCAAACACCAGAUCAAAGCGAAAAUGAUGUGUUUGUAUUAGCAAGUCCCAUCAAGUCCUCGCUGCGAGAAACAUUGUAUUCCAGUGAUGGAUCCAGCCAGAAUAACAUUAAGCGAUUAAGGGAGGUUAAUUAUCAAUUAGUGCGAGUGAUGAGAAGCUUAAAGUUUACGAGGAUUUCUUCAGAUUUGAUGCAAGCUUUACAAAAGGAGAUUAGAAGUGGUAGAGAACUGCUCGAUGCAAGAAAAGGUGCCGUUGUUGAAAUCAUAAACAAAUGUCUCAACUCUAUUGAGUUUCUUCAAUAUUCAGAUGAGCACUUAGCCAACAUACAAAAGAAUGAAAUGGGUGAAGGUGAAGGCUGCUUAGACAGGGAGACAUUAAAUUUAAUACUCCGUGACCCACUUGAAUUUGGCUUACACGAUGAGAAUAUAAAUCACUUGAUUCAAUUUCAAAACAUGAUAGAAGCCAAGGUCAAUGAAAAACGCGAGAAAUGGGAAUCAUAUUCGGAGUCAUGUAUUCAAUUGUGGAAGAGACUCGGGGAAAACGAUGAAUACAUUGAAAAUUUUAUGCAAAACAAUAAUAAUUUGUCCGACCUUGCAUUACUCAACUUCAAAAUGGAAUUGAAUCGGUUAUACAUUAAAAGAUCAGAAUAUAUUGAAAGCUUCAUUUCUGAUGCUAGGAAAGAAAUUGAAAAAUUGUGGGACCAAAUGUAUUAUUCACAGGAGAUGAAAACUGAGUUUGAAUAUUUUCACUACGACCCUGAAAAUGAUAGCAGGGAUAAGGAAUCUGUCUUAAAUAUACAUGAAGAAGAAGUAAAGAGAUUAAAUCAAGAGUAUGAUCAAAAAGCACCCGUUUUUCAAAUAUAUGCUGAGUUGCAAGACCUCAUUAAAGAUCAAAAAUUUCUCCAAGAAAGCUCACGAGAUUCAUCAAGAUUAUUAAGCAAAAACUCGUGCAAGAUCCUUCUCAAUGAAGAGAAAAUCAGAAAACGGAUAAAUAAAACCAUGCCACGGGUGAUUGAAUCAUUAAAGCUGGAGGUAAAAAAAUAUAACAAUAGAGUUGUACAAGAAGGUGAACGUCCAUUGAUGAUUAAUGGCAAGGACUUUUUCGAAGAAGUGUUGCGUCUUGAAUCUGAGCAACUGAGUUCGGGUGCUCGAACAAAACCUAAAUCAGCGUCCACUUCACCAAUGAAAAGACCAAUCAGCGCAACUCGCCCCUCACCUGAAAGAAAGCCAAAGCUGAGAUUUAUGUCAACUAGGAUACCACCAGCCUCAACUACUGCUAGAGCUAAAGUUGUCAAGUCUCCAACUAAUACACGCCAAACUUUAAUGAGAUCCCAUCAACAAAAACACUCAUCUAAUGUCGUUCAGCCUUUGUUUAGUUCGCUGUCUAGUAGCCAAGUAAAUUCAUCAUCAUUGACUAUGGAUAGUCCCUUACUGGCAUCACGUACUACUUCAUUUACUGUCAAACCGCCAUCAGUUGAGUUGAAACCGCUUACAUCACCACUCAAAUUGUCAACAACAAGAUCAAAUACCUUGGCCAAUAGCUACACUAAACCUUACACUGAGAAUUCAAAUCAAUAUUUCCAUGAUGACAUACCUGAGGAGAAGGAAAACAAUACUGGUCUAUUUAAUAACGAUGUUUCUAAAUUGAGUUGGUUUUCGCCAUUAAAAAUGCAGCCCAACUUUAUUGGCCUGCGUGAAGGAGUCAGUAGCACAGGAACAAGUGUUGGCAAUGACACCUCAACAAUGAUUGGCGAUGAUUAUUUUGCUUGGCGAGAUGAGAAGAUCAAACAGUUGAAUGAUAUUUGA